ACGAGCUCCAAUUGACAGUGCGAGACUGAUGCUGCCCUUGUUUCAAGAACGAACUACGCGCCCGAAAUAUAAUGCUCUUCCCAGCAGUUUAUUAUAAGAACCUCUGCACAUUUGUGCUCUCGACGCAUCCUGGCAUGAUAAAGGAGCUAAAAAUUUAUAACCAUAUGCCUAGUUCAGUGACCUCCAACCCGUCUCGCAAGCGUCAGCAUCCUGAGCCCCAUCCAUCCGACAGGUCGCGAUUUCGGAAAAGGCAGAAGCUCAAUGUGUCGGCAUCAGCAUAUUGGGAUAACCUGUCAAAGAUUUGGUUAACCAAAGAUGCAUUAGACGAGUUGGAUCGAAGAAACAGCCACCUGAAACCACUCAAGAACCAUCAUCAACCUCUCACUCAACAAUUUCACACUGAGCUGAGAAAGCACUGUAAUCCUUUUCAGUUUGCUCCGGCCUUUCUCCGUGAUUGUGCAGCUUGUUCAAAGCAGAUAAAAAGGGUUUCCAGAUUGGGAGGACCUGACCUAACUGACCUUAGAAAUUAUCCUAAACCAGAAAACUUCCUUGAAAAAGCAAUGAGCUCAAGGUCCCGGAGUAGAAAGCGACGCGCAGGUUCUCCUCCAUCAACAAGAGCAGAUACAAAGGGUACCACCAAGUCCACGAGCACCACACCCUAUAAUCGUAACUUCCAGCAGAAUCUAAUUGAUCAUGGCAUUUACCCUGAUGGAUAUGAAUAUCCAGAUGGUCGAAUACCAGCAAUGCCAAAAAACUGGGAGGAGAUCAAUAAAACACUAGCUCAACCCCGAUCCUCUCUUUCCCCAUCAAACUUCUCUGAUGAACAUUUCCGGAAAUUCAAACGAGCAGAUACCCACGCAUCUAAAGAACAACCAGUCACAACAUCAGUGAUUCCUAUCAUUGAAGGUGACAUUGAUGAUCCCAAAUGCGCCGGAGGGGGAUACCCACUUGGAAAUCUUGCCCCCUUAACUGAUGGCACACUGGCUCAGGCCAAGCCAGAUCACUUCUAUGGCGCGCGUCCUGAACAGCUUGAUCGUCAAAUCCGCAACAAACUUAGUGAUCAUAUUAUUCCAUCAACACAGGAUGACCUUCCAAUGGUACCGAACUUCUUUUUGGAAGCAAAAGGCCCUGAUGGAUCCUUGGCUGUGGCUACACGGCAGGCUUGCUAUGAUGGCGCACUAGGAGCUCGGGGUAUGCAUGCUCUUCAGUCAUACCAACAAGAUGGAUCAACUUAUGACAACAAUGCUUACACUCUUACAUCGACUUAUCAUGGCGGUACACUCAAGCUAUACACAACUCAUCUCACUGAGCCCGAAGGCCUAGGCCGUCACCCUGAGUAUAUUAUGACCCAGCUCAAAGGCUGGUCAAUGACCAGUGACCCAGGAACCUUUCGGCACGGAGCAUCCGCAUACCGAAAUGCUCGGGACUGGGCAAAGGAAAGGAGGGAUGAGUUUAUUAUGGCAGCAAAUGAAACGCACGCAAAGGCCCAAUCUCAGCUUCUUCAUUCAACCUCUCAGCGCCAGACGGCUUCCGAGGCAGCUCUCACCUUGGACAACUCUGAUCUAUCGACAUUGUCCGACCACACAGAGUAUCAAGACACGCAAUGGAGCUUCGCGGAUACAACCGAAGAAGGAGGAGGAGAGUCUCAGAUUCUUAGUAGACACACCAAGAAGCCGAGAGUUGGCUCCAUUGUUGAAGAACAGAAUGAUAGUAUUGACCAAGGAACAACCAUGGCCGAGAGGGCCGAGCAACAGAGCUCCUUUGACUCUCGGGAAAACAUCUCCCUGAGCUCUACUGGUUCAACGAGACCGACAUCUCCGGUACCAGUGACACGUAUUUGGGAAUUGACAGCUCAUGGUUCUAUACACUGUGAGGAAAACGCCGCUGGGAAAGCCGUCCAUAUCAUUCUCUCCGGGAAUCCACUGAAUCUCCAACCUUCAAGAUGUCAGAUGUAUAAACCUCUUAGCCAGGAAGAGGUGAGCUACAUCCGGAAGAGGCUGGAAGAAUAUACAGAAGAAGUGAGGCAGCAUAUUCAUAAAUUAGAUGGCUUUGACUGUGCAGUCAUCCUCGCGGAUGCCAGGACCCUAUUUUCAUAUAUUGCGCUCCUGGAGUUGAUGAUCAAAAUCCAACAGACUGAGCCACGAUCCAAGAAGAGAACCAUGCAACCCGCUGGGGAUGCGGGCCAGGGAAACUGUGGAAAGCGGCGGCGACGACAUUAG